CUUAUUACUCAACAAAUUGAAGAAAGGAAAAAAAACAUAAAACAAAAGUUAAUUCCUUAUCUGUGCAUUCUCACGAUUCAAUCGGGAAUGGAUCUAAUCUCCAUUCUCAUAUCCUCUUCUUCCACAAUAUGAACUCGACGACUGAGUUCCCGAUUGAUUACAAACACCUCUAUUGUAUUCUUAUCAAGUAAACACCGAUCGAUGGCGAUGUGCCGAUUAGAUCUCUCCGUCCUUUUUUGUCAUAAUUUACAUCCUAUAUCAUUGUUAAUCAAAAGCAUUUAUUCGUGUUAAUGUCUCUCAUAGAAAAUUCCUAAUCAUAUAAUCGACUGAAUAAUCAACUUCCAUCGCAGAUAAUCAAUCGAUGUCGCACUCACAGCAGCCAUGUGCAGCGUGCAAGCUUCAGAGGCGGAAAUGCACGUAAGAAUGCGUAUUCGCACCCCACUUCCCACCCGACCAACUCACAAAAAUUCGCCAACAUCCACAAGGUGUUCGGCGCCAGCAACAUGGCCAAGCUGCUGAGCGAGUUCCCCAUCACACACCGUGAAGAGGUCGUGAAUUUCUUAGCCUAUGAGGCAGAUGCCCGUCUCCAAGACCCAAUCUACGGCUGCUUGAGCCGGAUUUUGUUCUUGCAGCACCAGCUCAAACAGCUCCACAUGGACCUUGAAGCUGCAAAAAAAGAUCUCAUUAAAUACAUGGGUCCUCAGGCCCAUCAUCAUCAAGCUAUAAUCAUAAAUAAUACUACUAACAACUCUGUCUUCCAGCAGCAGCAGCAGAAUGGCAACAACAUGAUACACAUGCAUGAUGGGGAUUCCCACGGUGGCGGCAGUUCAUCACCAUCAUCAGCUGAGCAACAACAACGCUCAACAGGUCUUUGAGGCACAAUUGUUGACCAACGAGCUUGCCACGAGAGAGCAGCAAGAAAUGUUCAGGGCGUAUGAGCAGCAGAGGCAGAGCCAUCAUAAUCAUAAUCAGGAGGUGAUUGGGUUUGAGAGCGGGAUUAAUAAUGGUGGGAUUAGUGAAUAUCAUCAUCAUGUUGGGGAUAAUUCAGUUCAUGAUGGGUUUGAUAAUGAGAUUAGUGGUGGUGUUGGGGAAGUUGAGCCGUGCUUGGCCCUUGGCAGCAUGGAUGGACGAGGGAGUUAUAAACAUAGUCAUAAUCAUCAUCAUCAAUUGCAAGAGCAGCUUUUCAUUCAUGCAGAGCAACAAGAGCAGGCAGAAACUAAUCAUAAUUAUCAGCAUCAACAUAGUCCAGGGAGUGAUGAAGGUACGAGCUUAGGGCCUCUCUCUUAUAAUUAAUUAAUUAAUCAAUUGAGGUUCGUUAG